UUGGGAAACGAUGGGGGCACAAAAAAUAUUACCUAAUAGCAUCUCUCUUGUUCUUCCCUUUAAAGUGUUUAAUUUUUCUCUUUCUAAUAGCCCACACGCUCUUCAUUCAAUAACGUUACCUCAAACCCCAUCCCUUUGCAUAGUGGAAUAGAAAGAAGAAAAAAAGCUGCUUAUAGAAGAAAGCCUCCAAUGGCUGAACCGCAACAUUCAGAAACGGAGAGCAGCUCGAAUUCAGCCUCUUCGCUGCCGUUAUCACCUUCGUCUCCGAGUUUGGCUCGCUCGACGGAGACCCUAAACCGCAAAUCCGAAACCGCAGCUUCGGAUGGUAAUAAAAAGAUGAAGAGAGUGAGGGAUUCGAACAAGCACAGCGUUUACCACGGCGUCCGGAUGCGGAGCUGGGGGAAAUGGGUGUCCGAAAUCCGGGAGCCACGUAAAAAAUCCCGCAUUUGGCUCGGCACUUUCCCUACGCCGGAAAUGGCAGCUCGUGCACAUGAUGUAGCCGCGUUAAGCAUCAAAGGCAACUCAGCUAUCCUCAACUUCCCCGAACUCGCUGACUCGUUACCUCGACCCGUGUCUUUGGCACCACGCGACGUCCAAGCCGCGGCAGCGAAAGCUGCACAGAUGAACAAAUUCGACUCCCCAUCACCAUCUUCCACUUCAACACUGUCAUCUUCGUCGUCACUAUCGUCUUUGGUUUCUCAGAUGGACUUAUCUUCAGGGUCGGACGAGUUAAGCGAGAUAGUCGAGCUGCCGAGCCUCGGGACUAGUUACGACUCCGUCGAGUUUAAAAACGAGUUCGUUUUCAUGGACUCGGUGGAUGGUUGGUUUUCCCCUCCACCAUGGCUGCAAAAUAUGGAAGACUGUGAGUAUGAUUGUGAUCAAUUACUAGCUCCAGAAACUAUUUUACAACAUGGUUUUGAAGAAGGUUUGCUAUGGGAUUAUUAGUGUUCUUUCCUUCUUUGUUUCUGAAUCUCUGAUUGUGAUUUGUGACUGAGUGUGAAUCUUUUUCUUUUCUGGUUUUAAGCCUUUUUUCUUUUUCUUUGAAGGGCUAAACCUCUCUCUUUCUCCAUGUUACCUAUCCCUGUAUAGUGUAUAAAGUGGGAAGAAGAAGAUGAAUAAUAUCAUAAAUUCCUUCCCUUUUGCUUGUUGCAAAACACAAGUUUGAAUUCCAACAACGGGAAUUCUAUGCC